AGCAGAACCGGUGAAGAGGGAGAUGAAAGAGCAAAUAGUGCAACGACAAGCGGCAUAUCAUCAUCCAGUGUUGGAGUCGCUUCUGCGUUGUUCACCCCGACUAGCGAAGAACUCGCCAGAGAGCUCCGCGAGUUCUCCACAGGUCGACGAAUUUUCUUAGACCGCGUUUGGUCUUUCGCCGAAGUCCAUGACCGCUUUGAAUUCCCGAAGGAAGAGGUAGCGACAUUUUUACACUAUACGACAGGAGGAGGACGCUAUGGGGGUAAUGCUAGUGACAACCAGAAUAACCGCGGUGGGAGGAGUGGAGAUGAUGCAACUCCUACUUAUCCAACUUCUGGC